UCUAUUAAUUAACCAUCCAUUUCGAUUCGGCCUCAUAUCAAUAUGACACCAUCUUUAAAAGAAAUGUCGAGGACCAUUUUAAUUCUAUAUUUUUGUGAGAUAUGCGUCUCGUAUAAUUAUACAUUAGAUAACUCCAAAGGUAUAUUUGAAAACUUUAAACUGAAGUAUAAUAAAGUUUAUGAAAAUAAUUCGGUGGAGCUGGAACAUUUUAAUAUCUUUGUUUCUAACUUGAACGACAUUGAAAAACUUAAUGCCUCCGAGACUGUUACUUACACUGUAAAUCAAUUUACUGACUUGGAUCCCGCUGAGGUGGAAGAACGAUACGCUAUACACAUCAAACCAUACGAUAUAACAUCGAAUGGUACGGAAGAUGGCAAAAUACAAACUCAAGGCACAGAGCAAGUAACGCAAACAUGGAAUCCAUCCAAUCUCUACAAUUUGGACGACUCGGAGCAACUGUUCGAAGAAUAUUUAAAAAAGUUUAAAGAUAAAAAAUAUAGUAAAAAAUUCGAUCGUUUAAAACAUUACUAUCGUUUUGUCAAGACAUUGGUGACGAUAAAUAGAGAAAGACAAGAGGGAAGUAAAUAUAUUACGAGAUUAGAUGAAAACGCAGACCAGCUGGAGGAACCCUUAGAAUACAUGUAUUGAUGAUUUUUUAUUCACCUAAUGCAAUUGAUUUUUGAAUUUAAUUACUAUAAU